ACUAGCGCACAUAUAAACAACGAACUCACACGAAAACCUUUCUUGCCUAUAUGAAUUUGGUCUUCCUACUUCUGGGUAUUGUAGAACCGAGGAUCGAACCGUUAACUUUAAUUCUAAGGUUAUAGUAACAUACUUUAGCAUCUUAACAUGGCAGAUAACGACGAUCUUUUGGAUUACGAAGAUGAGGAACAAACUGAACAAGUAGUCGAUGGAAGUGGAGAUGUUCCUGCUAAAAAAGAAGUAAAAGGCACAUAUGUGUCUAUUCACAGCAGUGGUUUUAGGGAUUUUCUUCUUAAACCAGAAAUUUUAAGAGCGAUAGUUGAUUGUGGAUUUGAGCAUCCUUCUGAAGUACAACAUGAAUGUAUUCCUCAAGCCGUGCUUGGUAUGGAUAUUCUGUGUCAAGCAAAAUCUGGUAUGGGAAAAACCGCUGUAUUUGUAUUAGCCACAUUGCAGCAGUUGGAGUUAACAGAAAACCAAGUCUAUGUCUUAGUAAUGUGUCAUACGAGAGAACUUGCAUUUCAAAUUAGUAAGGAAUAUGAGAGAUUCAGCAAAUACAUGCCUUAUGUAAAGGUAGCUGUUUUCUUUGGUGGACUACCAAUCCAAAAGGAUGAAGAAGUUUUGAAGAAUACUUGCCCUCAUAUUGUAGUAGGCACUCCAGGUCGUAUUCUUGCUCUUGUUCGGAAUAAAAAGUUGAACCUUAAACAUUUGAAGCACUUCAUACUUGAUGAAUGCGACAAAAUGCUUGAAUUGUUAGAUAUGCGCAGGGAUGUACAGGAGAUAUUUAGAAGCACACCACAUGGUAAACAAGUCAUGAUGUUCAGCGCUACACUGUCCAAAGAGAUCCGCCCUGUCUGCAAGAAAUUUAUGCAAGAUCCCAUGGAAGUCUAUGUUGACGACGAAGCGAAGCUCACGUUACACGGCCUACAACAACAUUACGUGAAACUCAAAGAAAAUGAGAAAAACAAGAAGCUUUUUGAAUUAUUAGAUGUUCUUGAAUUCAAUCAGGUAGUGAUAUUUGUAAAAUCAGUGCAAAGAUGCAUGGCUCUUGCACAACUUCUAACAGAACAAAAUUUUCCUGCUAUUGGUAUCCAUAGAGGAAUGACGCAAGAGGAGCGUUUAUCAAGAUACCAACAAUUCAAAGAUUUCCAAAAACGAAUUUUAGUAGCUACUAAUUUAUUUGGACGAGGAAUGGACAUUGAACGUGUUAAUAUUGUAUUUAAUUAUGACAUGCCCGAAGAUUCUGAUACAUACCUCCAUAGAGUAGCACGAGCUGGACGUUUUGGUACAAAGGGUCUUGCUAUCACGUUAGUAAGCGACGAAAACGACGCCAAAAUAUUGAACGAUGUACAGGAACGUUUUGAUGUAAACAUUACAGAAUUACCAGAUGAAAUAGACCUUGCAUCAUAUAUUGAAGGACGAUAAGUCAGAUCUCAGUGCAAAUCAAGUUUAAACUAUAUUAGAUUUCAUAUAGUACGACUGUUCUUACAAUUGAUGUAGGAUGAAGAUAAAUAACUCAAACACUGAAUAGAUUGAACACGGACAAAAUAUACUUUUUGCAGUAUAUCUGUGCUAUUCGUAACUCGCGUUUCAUAUACAUACACGCAGUUUAUUUUCCUCAAAAAUCAGAAAUUUAGUGAAUAUGAAACAUUGAUAUGAUCGCACUAUCAUAAAUGUUCUUUUAAAUUUCACAAUAAAAUAUACAAAUGUCGGUAAA